AUGGUGGAUAUUUUCAACUUUCAUAGCACCGCCCAAAGCAAUGCAGUUGGAGGCCCGCUCAGAGACCUAACCGAUGGAUCUGCUCCUAAGACCUCAAAAUCAGAUUUUGCCAGUAACGUCAGUCGCUUCUUUGAAUCACGCAAAAUAAAGGUAGCGAAGAACCCUCCGCCUCCGCCUGCUCGAAUCACCAAAGUUAUGAAACGGUUCGUGGACAUCGUUUCAGCCACGACGCAGAAUUCUGCAGCCCUCGAAAAGGUCGGCCAGAAAUUGGUCUCGUUGAGGGGUAGCGGACCCUUCUAUGACGACGCGUGGGACAUUCGCUUGGCGCAUUUCGGUCUUCAAACCUCCGAGUCGGCACAGCAACAGCGCCAACAUGGAGGUCGGGGCCCCCCAGAUGGUGCAGCCACUUGUGAGAGCACCUGCUCGCUCACCUCUCCCCCCUCCUCAGCUAAAGCCGUGGCACUCAGUUCCACUACUGUCACCGAUUCUGAUGUCGGUAAGGUAGUGACUGCAUCUAUCACCCCCGUCAAUGCUACCAUCUCAACGUUCACAUCGUCUGCACCGCAUGCAGCCAGUCAAUCGGACAACAAAUUUAAAGCCACCCCUACUGGCAAGGGCGAUACUGUUUUCCUUCCUGCCGAAACCGAUCCAGCUGAUGGUGUGGCAACUCCAACUCCCCUCAACAACGCUAAUUGGUUUCCACCUCCACCUCCUACGCCACUUCAUCUCUCAAUGCACGCCGACGAAAUGGUGGACAGCCAGCCAGGUCGCUAUCACGAGCACCGUCGAUCAUUUGAAUUGGAUGAUGAUCAAAAAGAGGCUAAAGUGGAUCCUGGUGAUGCAAUCACACUACCCCCUCUUUCACCAACAUCACCAUCACAGGAAAAUACUUCAGUGAAUGGGAGUGGACGAACCCCGGUUCCAAGUUUUCUUCUCAAUCUGCCUCCCCCACCUCCUGUGACCGACCUCCCGACAGAGCAACCUCCUUCCCCCCCAGCCAUCCCACCAAGGGAUCCCAAAACCUCGAUUACCACGCUUACCGAUCCACCAAUAACCGACCUCGAUGGUCAGCCACCGGUGUCUGAGGCUGCACCUAUCGCCAAGGUGAAAGACGACUCGGAGAGGGCAAAGGUCUUGCUGCAGUCGAAGCCUGGUGUCGAUGGUCGAUCGGUGAUACCUUGGGAACGUGUGGCGCCGCCCACGGAUAUCGAUUUUUCGGGCAAUUUACCGCAGUGGGUUCCCCCGCAGCACUCGGAGGCGGCGGUAUUACAUCAGCGCGUCUCGCGAUCGAUUGGGCAUCGAUCGUCGAAGUCUCAGAGUGGCUGUGAGGACCUCACAAAUGAGGACCCAAACUCGGGCCCUCUGGGCCUUGCUGCUGGUGGUCGCUCACAAUCACAACACCGCAGGCGUCGCCGUACUACUCGGAGCUUCGGUGACGAUUUUGCGGAUGUCGCAGAGACGCCCACCAAUGGCAGUUCCGGUAGCAGACGAGCUGUGCGUAUGAACUCCGACUCUUCAGGCAUGGCAAAGGCGCGCACACUGGUUGCCACUGGUGACGUAUGGGCUGCCCCUGUGGCUUGUGACGGUGGGUAA